CGGGAAUCGGGGUGUGCUGCCGAUUUCUGACGAGCCCGCCCUGGAUUCUGACUGUCCAGUGUCCGCGGGAUGCUUGAAGCUCCCUGACAGCUCCGCCAGGCCGUGGCAUUCUCCGAGGCGGACCGAUCUGGGAUGGUCCUGGGGCCAGUAGCCGGGCGAAGCCCGGACCUCAGGGUCCGAGUCUCGCGCUCCGCGCGGCGCGACGGGCGCACGGCGGGAGAGUUCGCGCGCGGCCCGGCCCCCCUGGGCGGCCCAGCGGCCACGCCCCGGCGUUGCUGCGACACGCAGGGCGGCGCCAUGCCCGAGGGGGACGGCGCGUGCUGGGACCGGCUGCGCUCCUUCGAGCGGUGCUGCCGGCCGGGGGUGCACGAGCCGGCCUGCUGGGACGCGGCGCGGUCGAACGUGAGCCUGGCGCGGCCCGCCCUGCCCGCGGCGGUCUUCGAAGGCCCGGAGGUCCCGAGGCGGUCGGGGAGGCGGCGCCUCGUCGUCCCCGUGCCCGUGCCCGAUCUCGGCCCGCCUCCGGUCGGCGGCG